CGUGGGAUUGUGACUUGCUAGCCGAAACGCGGGGCGCUUGGGCUGAAGACAUCGCUAGGCCCUUCCGCUGAUUCAUUCUUUUAUUUUGCCUUGUCUGCUAGAAAGGCAUUUGACAAUGCGGUGGUGGAGCAUGCUUGCGCUCUGUGCAGUGGCCUUGUGGGCAACUCUCGCACACGCACAGGACGCUCCUUGCUCGGGUCAUGGGCAAACCGUAGAGGGCAAGUGCGCCUGCAGCGCGCCGCUGCCGGCGGACGACGCCUCCGUGGGCUAUGUGGGUGACAGCUGCGCCACCCCCGUCCACCACCUCUACCUGAACGGCCAGGACGUUGCGGAGACGUGCGCGCAGGGCCACGUGUGCAAUGUGGUGGCGCCUGGGGACCCGGUGUGCUUCGCGGCAAACAUUGCCGACCUGGCCGCGGGCUCCUACCACCUCAGCCUGCUGCUGGUGUCCAACAGUGUGGACGCGGCCGUCACGCUGCGCGGCCUGCUCACCAACUUCACCGCCGCCACCGACCCCGCCACCAACGUCACCACCGUGACGCCACUGGCCUACCCCAACAGCACGGCGGUGUUCGCACUGCACACCACACACAGCACGCCCAGUAGCCAGCUGCAGCUGACGCGGCGGCAGCUGGGCUACGGCGCAUACACGGGCCUGUACCUGUGCGCGGAGAGCACCGCCAGCACCACAAUCAUGCUGAGGGGCGCGCAGCACUCGUGUCCGCACACGCUGCUGCCCAACGGCACUCUGGAGCUGUGCAGCGGCCGCGGCAGUGCCGACACCUGCCCGCACGGCGCCUGCACCUGCCCGCCGCCCUACGCGCCGCCGGCCAACUGGGUGCAGACUGCGGGCCUGGGCUUUGACGACUGCAGCUCCACGCUGCAGCAGCUGGCGCCCGGCGGCACGCCCCUGCCCGUGCCCGGCCAGGCGCCCGGCACGUGGGCCUUCUUCGCGGUGGAGGUGCCGGCCACCGGCGCCGCACACCUGCACGUGGCGGCGGCCGCCACAGAGGCCACACAGGGCGGCUCCCUGGCUCUGUACCUGCGCUACCAGCAGCCGCCGGGCGAGGGCGAGACGCAGCACGACCUGGCCAGUGACGUGGCCGCCACCACCACCACCUCCUCCUGGGCGCGGGAGGCAUCCGUGCACCUGGACCUGAUGCGGAGCGACGCCGCGUUCCGGCCGGGCACGUGGUAUGUGGGCGUGUACAACAAGGGCUCGGGCCCCGUCACGCACGCCGUCAGCGCUGCGCUGUACGCCUGCCCCAACGACUGUGGCGGCCGCGGCACCUGCGCCGCCGAGACCGGCGUCUGCACCUGCGCCGACCGCUACGAGCUGAAGCUAGGUGAGCCGCUGACUGUGGCGCCGCGGCCGCACCUGCUGCUGGACAAGUUGGUGCUCAGCGGCGUAAAGGCGCUGCUGGCGUCCGCCGCCACGCAGCGCCUCACCGUCACCGCCUCCUUCAACGCCUCAGAGGCGCCCAGCCUGCCGCCCUGGGUCACCGGCAGGCCGGUGGUGGUUGUGUCGCCCAAGGUGGACGAGGUGGCGCCGGGCGCCGGCGGCUCGGUGGUGUGGCCUGAUGCGCCCGUGGCCCGCAUGGCGCUGUCGCAGCCGGGCAGCCAGCACACCAUGAGCGUGGGGCCCUGGAUGGUGGGCGAGGACGACGCACUUGCCGGCAGCUGCCUGCGCGACUGCUCGGGACACGGCACGUGCGACGCAGCCACCGGCACCUGCACCUGCACGGCGCCCUUCGCUGGCGGUGACUGCUCUGUGGACACCUCCGCCUCGGGCAAGGUGUGCGCCGCGGGCGCGGCGCAGCCGAUGCGGCGCGAGGACCUGCGCGGCACCUGCUGGCAGCCCUGCAAGGCCGACGGCAGCGGCUUUGAGACGGAGGGCUGCGGCGAGCUCACCUGUGACGGCAAGACGGCGGACCACGGCAACCUUCGACGCAAGGACACCGAGAUGCUGUGUGUGGAGGACCAGUGCCAGCAGGGCGCAAACACCACUGUGGUGGACGCGGCGGGCCGCUCCGCCUGCCAGCAGGCCUGCACCUGCCCCGACGACGGCAGCGCCUGUGUGCUGACCGGCUCCUGCCUGCCCGGCACACGGGUUUGCCUCAACGGACUGCAGCUGUCCAAAGACGGCUCCACGUGCGAGUCGCCACCAGUGUGUGCGGAGGGCAGCCUCAAGAAAGCCUACGACCUGCAGGGCGGUAGCGCCGGCAGCGCCUUCGCGGUGUGCGCCUGCGCCACCGCCGCCGACCCGGCGUCCUGCGCCUACACCAGCCCCAGCGAAGCGGGCGGCAAUGUCUUCCGGGCUUUGAGCUCCAGGGCAGUGUCGCGUGUGUGUAUGCCGGGGCAGGGACAGCGGCCAGGCGUCAGCCAUAGCGCCGUGGGCACACGUGACCGUGGAUUGAAGGGAGUCGGGCUACAACUGGCUUAUUUGAGAAGCGUGUGUGCCGGGCGGCUUCACCUGACUUGACAUGUUCUUGUGUGUGACACUUGACUCCUUCGCCUGCUUCCUUCGCUACGACGCCCACGCACCUGUCGGACGGGAGCGCGGUGGCGACCGGCGGCGUCUGCGUUGCGGCUCAGCACGGCGGCGGCCGGCGGCGUGGCGUGUCGGGUGGCAUGGUCUUCUUCUACUGCCUGCUCAGCAUCGCGCUGGCGGCUGGUCUGGUGGUGGGCGGGAAAUAUGGUCUGAUCUGGUGGGAGCAGUACAAGUACGGGCGUUCGGUGUUCAGUCAGGGCUAUGUAUCGUGGCCGCUGUUCGGAAACCGUAAUAACGCUGGCGGGGGCGCUGAUGAUUGGUGAGGAUGAGGACGGGCCAAUAUUAGUGCACGGCUGCAUCGGUUACAGGCGGUGCGACGGCUCCUGGACGUGGGAGUUUCAAGUGGAUGCAAAGCAUGUGAUGUUGGAGGCAUUGGCAUUACUGCAUUAGUCGCGUGACCUGCAUGCGUGGGCAAGUGUGUGGGUGGAAUGCGCGCGGGAGUGUGUUUGGCUGCGUAGGGAUGGGCUCUUGCUGCUGCCUACAUGCCGCAUCUGGAUUGCGGCACGGCAAGUGAGAUACCGCUGCUGAACGCUCCGUUGGGAACCUGCCGUCACCAGCGAUUGUGUAACACGGCGGUGCCCUAUACCGUGUCACCGGAUGUCACCAUCCUGCUAUUCCUGCAGCAUGCAUACCAUAACACCAUGGACAAUUGACUUUCGCGAGGUCGGGAGUCAGGCGCCCGAGGCGCGGCCCCGUGAGGGAAGCCGCUAUGAACUGUAUGAGGCCAAAUGCCUGGCCCCAGUAGUGGCGGCGUGCAUGUGCGGGGGGCAGGCAAGGCCAGGCCACAUGGAGAAGGGGGCGGCGUGCAUGUGCGGGGGGCAGGCAAGGCCACAUGGAGGACGAGAGCGCGGCGCCGCCCGAGAAGCGGCGCCGGCGCGCAGGUUGAGACCUGCCGCGCGGUGUCUGGUUUGCGGUGUUUGCUGGCGUCGUGGCGAGCAUGGCAUGGCACGGUGUGAGCCUGUGAGGUAGGGUUUAUUGCUGCUUGGGUUGUUCCGUUGUUGCCUGCUGCCCUGCUGUGCUUGUGCUUGACAGCUGAACGUGGCUGGACACAUGGCGGGCGGUGCCUGUACGAACCGACCCCGGCUAUGUCCGGGAGAUGAGGUAGACGCUUGCGGCCUCAGACUAGAUACGUGGC